AAACAUGCUUGGCCAGUCAGGUUGGUGCAACCUAUUCAAGUCUUUUUCGAUUCAAUGAGCAUUUGGGAGUGCUCGUUUAAACACUUCCAAACUCCGCUAGAUCUGUUCUAUUUCUUGUACUUCUAAAUGCUGUGGAAAUUAUUACUAAUAAUCUGAACAGACUGAUUUCAGUGUGUGCGUGUGAGGAUAGGAAUAUCCUUGUGGGGAAUUCCGCAGUGACCAGUGAAAAGGGUCAAGUCAUCGGUGGAUAGAGGCAAGGAUUUAUUCAAGCUUGGCAUCGAUCACUCAUCUCAAAUUAACAGAAUUCUCUUGAAGAAGCCAGUCAUCAUAUCAGGAGAGGGCAUCUUGUCCAUCUAGCUCCCAUUCAUCCUCCAGGCAAGGUACAGGGUGUGAUAAGUUAUCUUGGAUCAACUCAGGGGCUAUCCCUUACCAAGGUUAGAUUUUGAAAAGCCAGGUACUUGCCACUUGGACUUGAUUCUUGGAUGAAAUUAUACCCUUAUUGCUGUACUGGAAAACUAUCAUUCAUUAGAUCUUGAUAUUAUAGUGUUGAGUGGACUCACAGCCUGUGGCAUAUCUUCUAUGACUGUUACCUGCUAGGAGGGAUCAAUGUUUUGACAAGGUUUUAAUACAGCUGAGGAGCUUUCUACUGCCAAAGAGGGGAAAAACCUGAGAGAGCCAAAGCCAGAGAUAGACAGAAGUGUCCAACACCUUGACUUAUUUAUUGGAUGAUUGACUAUCACAACAACCAAAAAUGAACUCUUUCAGUCCCAUCUGUCUGCUACUGUGCAUAGCUACUCUGACACUUGCAUUUUUCCCAAGAGUAAAAGCCCAAGUGCCAAGUGAAGAUGAUGUUCCACCUUCCAUAGUGGAGCAGCCUGAAUCGAUUAAUGGAGACACACGUUUACCAUUAACUCUAACGUGCCGAGCUACUGGAAUACCAGAACCCUCGUACUACUGGUACAAGGAUGGUGCUUUAUUUGACGUGGACAACAAUGAUCGCGCUAGCCUGGAUGGGGGAAACCUAGUGAUUGAAUCAUUAACAACAGCGGACGAUGGACAGUACCAAUGUUUUGCUAACAACAGGCUUGGAACAGCAAUGUCCCAGAAGAUAAUGACAUCAUUGGCAUUCAUGGAUCAGUUUGAGAACACUGAACCUGAAACGGUACAAGUGGAUCAGGGAAGACCCCUGAAGCUGCAGUGUGGUGGAGACCCCGGUGUUCCUAACGGCAAUCCUGCUCCCUUGAUCUACUGGACCGAUGCAGCUGCCAAACCCACACCCAUCACAUACAACGCGCGGAUUAACCAGGAUCCACUAGGGAACCUGGUCUUUUCGAACGUAAUUGAAGACGACGCUAAAGGCUACUACUGUCAAGCCAUCAAUAACGUUGUAGGGUCAUCCCAGAGGUCACCAAAAGUCACGCUGGCGGUAUCAACCGAUGAGGAAGAGAUUCAGAACAACCGCAACAAGAAAGAAACAGCCCCCAAAUCGCUGAGGUUCCGCCGUCAGAACUCUCGGUUCACGUUGGGGGCUGUUUCUGACAAUUUUUAUGAUGAACCACCGACAUUACACAUUUCAAAAAGAGAUUUGCCACCAAUUGAAAGUGGAGCCAGCUUAGUCACUAAACCAGCAGCAAGCGAAAUCGCCAUCAGAACUCAGUCAUUUAAGCUGAAAUGCAUUGCUUAUGGAUACCCAACCCCUGAAAUCACAUGGAAGCGAGGAGAGGAGCAGCUACAGUCUGGAGGACGAAUUUCUAUCGAAGAAUCCGGGCAGGAGCUGGUCAUCUCCACUGUCGAGAACAGUGACAAGGGAACGUAUACAUGUGUUGCAUCAAAUGAAGGAGGACAGGAUGAAUUUAGCACAGUAGUUACUGUGGAAUCUGCGCCCUAUUUCCCAGCCCCACCCUCCGAUGAAACCAAGGGACCUGGUGAAUCAGUGGACAUCGAAUGCCGUUCCGAGGGUGUUCCAGCACCCACUGUCGUUUGGCUUGUUAACGGACAACCUUGGGCUGACUUUGAAUCCAACAUAGAUGCAGAAAGAUGGACUGUGGUGACUGGAAACCCCCAGUUGGCAACCAUAUCUAUCUCAAACCUACAGACAACAGACAGCAAUGUGUUCCAGUGUAUAGCUACCAACAAGUACAAAGAGGAACUCACCAGUGUUGUACUAAAUGUAGUCUCCAUCCCUGCUAGGAUACCUAGUUUCACACCUGUGACGAGGAAACUGAGUGUUGUAGAGGAUAGCUCUGCCGCAUUCACCUGCCAUGUUGAAGGAAGACCUACUCCAACAAUAACAUGGACCUUCAAGGGAUCAGUGUUGACCAAUGGGGACAAAUACACCAUCGAUGAACCGUUGGGAAGCAUAGUGAUCAACAAUGCCUUGGAAGUGGAUAGCGGAGCAUAUGAAUGCACAGCAGAAAACUCUAUCGAUGGACAAGAUUAUGAGGCGACGGGUAGUGCAACCCUGACAGUGCUAGGCAAGACAAUAAUCACCCUCCCCCCUGCUGAUCUGACGGUUCGAGAGGACACUACAGCCACCUUCCAGUGUGAGAUCACGUAUGACCAUGAGCUCGAUAAACCUGAAACCUACUGGAUGAAAGACGGUCAGAGACUCGAGGCUAAUCAGGACAACUCCUUGAGAAUAGACAACGCCAUGUUUUCUAAUUCAGGAACCUAUACAUGCUUUGUGGAAACAACCCUUGAUGAGAGUACAGACACAGUUCACUCAGUGAAUGCUUCUGCUCAACUCGUUGUGAAAGGUCACCCUGGUCCUCCUCAGAAUCUGCAGCUGCGAGCCAAGGAACAAGAGUUUGCAAUGGACCUUUUCUGGGAGCCUGGCAAUGACAACAAUGCUCCUAUCCAAUAUUACAUCAUCCAGUACGACACCAAGUGGGCAGAUAUGCACUGGCAAUUCCAAGCAAACGAGACAGCCGCUAAUGUUUCACCCUACCGCAAAGUGCUUCACCUGCAGCCGUUCGUGGACUAUAAGUUCCGUGUCAUUGCUGUGAACGAGAUCGGGGAGUCUGAACCAAGUGCAGAGAUAGCUCCAACGGUCGAUCCUCAAGUUGCCCCACCCUCUAAAAAUCCAAUCGAAGUCAGCGGAAGUGGUACUAGACCCGAAUCAAUGGUCAUAAGAUGGCAGUCCAUUCACCCCUUCUACUACGGUGGGGAUGAUUUCCACUACGAGGUUGCAUACAGACCCAGGAUGUCAAGUGAACCAUUCGUAAAGGAUACAGUAUACCCAGAAAACACCGAUGCUAAUCCUACUGGAAUCAUCCAGAAUUUCAUCGUAAAUGCCAGGAAACCUUACGAGGAGUAUGAGUUCUCUGUACGAUCAAUGAAUAGUGGGGGACCAGGACCCGAGCCAGAGAUUCAUUAUGGGUUCUCUGGAGAAGCUGCUCCGGGUGCCUCUCCGUCAGGUGUUACAGUGGAAGCCAUCUCAGCUAAUGAAGUCAACGUCACAUGGGAACCUAUAGAUCCAGAAGAUGCCAACGGAAAACUCGGAGGCUACAAUGUUUACUACAAUGUGAAAAUCGCAUCCGGUCAGGAUAAGCAGAUGUGUGUCAAGUCGCCUUGCGUUGUAGGAAACCUCCAAGCUGCAACCACGUAUGAGAUCACAGUCAAAGCUUUCACAAACGCUGGAGAAGGUCCCGCAUCAGAUGUUGUGGAAGUUGUCACUGAUUCAGCACCACCCGGCCCUGUAUAUAAGCUCAAGGUUGAUGUCUAUUCUUACCGCUUGGUCCUUAAUUGGCAAGAACCAAUCCUUACCAAUGGAGAUCUCACAGGAUACAACGUUAUAAUUACACCAGUGGUCGAUGAGACCCUAGGCGACGAGGAGAACCUUUCCCUAGCAGUCAAUGACGAUCUUACCCUCAUAUACGAAGCCAGUCCUGAAACCAAAUAUCGCGUAGAGGUGCUGGCACUCAAUGCUAUCGGCGAUGGCGAGAAGACCACAGAGGAACCUACCACAGCUCUACAAGGACGACCUUCCAAACCAAGCGGACCAGCCGUAGACGGCAUCGCACCCGACCAUGCUAACUUCACAUGGGAUCUUAGUAACCUCAAUCCUACUGCAUCGGCCAUUGAAAUCCAGUAUAGGAAGAAAGCCGACGACACAGGGGAGUUUGCAAGCUCUGAACAGUCUGACGUUCUAGACCAAGACCUCAUCAUGGUAAGCGGACUGGAAUCAUCAACGACCUACCAGGCACGAUUGCGUGUUACAAACCAAGAGGGCAGCACAGUCAGUACUACAACAGAAUUCAAGACAACUGGCACAGGUGCGUUGGCUGACGGUGGUUUCGUCUUGGGCACCUGGAUGAUCAUUCUCAUCUGCAUCAUCAUCCUUCUCAUCCUCAUCCUGCUCAUCAUCUGCAUCAUCAAGAGCCAGAAGGGAGGCAAAUACAAUGUAUCUGACAAAGAGAAGCAGCUCAACAAAGACAUUGAAAGCACGCCACUGAAGGAUGAUGGAGCAUUUGAUGAGUACAAACCUCCUACUGGUCCCGAUGGUGAGCCUCUACGUGGAUCUCAAGGCAGUCUGAAUGACAGCGAACACGGUAGCAGCGAAACAGACAGUCUGAAGGAGUACGCGGACGGUGAGACGGGCAAGUUUGAUGAAGAGGGCUCCUUCAUAGGACAGUACGGUGACAACAAGAAACAGAGACAACCGGACGAUGAACAAGGGGGCGGAGCAGCUUACUCGACAUUCGUCUGAGAGUUGUAAUUCGCAGCCGUCUGCAGAAUCAGCAACAACAAGAAAUCUCUUCUGAUAAAUAUCGUUUGGACUUUUUAGAUUCUUCUUAUUGAGUUGAGGCCCUGUUGGGCGUGAGGGAUAAUGUUGAUUGGAAUUGGAUUGAAGUGAUGAUUUACGAUGAUCGCAUUGAUGUGUUCAAGUAUGAUCCACCAUGAUGUGGAUCUACUUCCUAAUUGGAGAAAUUUCAGAUUGUUUGUUGGUUAGAAACACCUUUUUUAUGUUCUCAGUAUAGUAAAAGUCCUUGUUUUUUAUAUCUUUAGCAAAUGUUGACAAAGAUAGGAGAUAAAUUGAUUAGAUAGUGUACUGCAUUUGUGCUGCUACGUACGAGAUAUGGAUAAGUGUGUGCGCAUGUAAGCGAGAUUCAAGUAGGAGUUUGACCCCUUUCGGAUUUGAUUGUAUAUCUAGCUCUGAUUCACAACCAGGAUAGGCAGAUUUCACUCUUUUUCAAAUUUUAACUCCAAGAUUUAACAAAAUGGGGAGUGAGAACUUUGUGCACACACUUACCAGUACCUUCAGCAUACUACUAUUGUUUUUUUGUUUACUACUGAAAUUUAGACUUAGAGGAAAUGGUUAUGUUUCUCUUUCCUGGUAUCUCUCCCCCCAGUUCCUUUCUUUCUCCCCUUCGUUGGUGCUGUCGUGUGAUCAAGCAGUACUAAGAUGUGUUUGGCAUCGUGUUACCAUUCUUAAUCGUUCUGUAUGGAUGUUUGCAUUUUGAGUGAUGAGGAUUGGAUAUUAUUUAUGCUUCCACAUUGUUCUCCUCAUUCCACUCUGCGAGGCUAAAGCAAAAGGCCUUCAGCAGUGCCCUAUUAACCCAUUGCCUCUAGUAAUUAAUCGGUCCAUGUAAUACGCCUAUGGGAAUGAGAGAAUUCGGUAGCCGAUGGGUUAGAUAUUUGCCAUGAUGAUUUGAAGCAUGUCUGACAUUCUUGCCAAGCAACUAUCAUCACACCUCCUUCAAAACAUGCUUAUUUCCUGCACUCUUGCAUACAUACGCAUGACUUCCUUCUAGUAAGAGCUUGAGACCAGCCCCAAUCAUCCAUCGGGACUGCAAUUUUACCAACAAAGGCUGCGAUAAGACCUUAUUGCAUAAGAGCUUGGCAGGUAUACCUUUGAUUGGGUAUCACUACAAAUGAAAAAAGGGCUGCUACAUUAAGACUUCUGCUGGCAGAUUAUAUUGGAAUGUGGCUUGCUCAAAUAAAAUGUGUUGAAGCGCACAUCAUAUGAGAAAGGGUCAUGUUGUCUGCUCUCAUCAUCUUGCUGUCUAUUACAUCUAGAUGUGUUCACAUGUGAUACUCCUGUGUGUCCGACAGCAAGAUAAUGAGAGAUUGUCAUACAUGUGGUGUACAAGUCAAUGUUCAUGUUGUCUUGUAUCACUGUAUGACAUAAGGCAGACCCUUACAUUCUAUUUUCUCAUUCCAAUAUAAAGUAUAAACCUGAACGACGGAUAGAAUUCCAUUAUUCGCUCAUAGGUUUAAUAAUAAGAUGUUGGAGAAUUUAAUUGUAGGUCCUUCAUUCGUGAAGAGAUCUAGCCACUUUGCAUUCUAAGUUUUCUACUUUUUCACCAAAACGCUGCACUUCUGAAAUCAAGCAAUCCCUAUCGCCUAACUGAAGAACAGAUAUUUUAUGAUGAUUUGUGUUUAAUUUAUUCAAGAUAAGAUUUUGCUUUUUAAGAAAUUAUGACAUUCAGCCUACUAGCAACUAGAUUAUGUUUUUUAAUUUGUAGUGAGAAUUUGGACACUAAAGAGCUACCAAAUUUAUUUCAUUUUACAUGUUUCAAAGAAGCAAACAAAAUGCUUUAAAUUUGGUGAAUAAAUUGUUGAAUUGGUCACAUGCAAGAAAGAUUAGUGUAGAAUGCAAGCAGGAUUUGUUCGCAAUAGUUCUUCUCAUUUUUAUAUGUUGUUAACAUUUACAAAAGUUUUUGACCAAGUCAAACAUCUUUUAUCUUGUAGAAUUUUGUGUUGUUUUAUUCUUAAUUUGAGAUGCAUCAAAUACCUUGUGUUUAAUUUUUACUUCCAGACUUUUUAAAAGUUAAACUGCUGUUAUCUUGAAACAAAUAAUGGAAGCAUUUAGCACUUGAAGUUUGCAGUGGUGGAAUAUGUGGUAUAUCUUUCUAAAACAACUCGCAUAAGCGUUAACGGGAUUGGUUAGAUCAUGUUUCUACAUCUUAAUUGCUUUAUCAUUUUUUAAGGUAAUGCUAAGAUUUGAAAAUAAUUGAUAGUUUUAUUCUUUUCAUUAAUCAGUGUAUAAUUAUUUUUCAAUGCACUUUGUGGUACACGAUGCAAUUUUCUGUAAUUUUUUAAAUCUUAAUACUACAUUAUCAUUUGAAAAAAUUGUGUAAGACAUGCUAAAAACAGGCUUUGUUUGUUUUUAUCUGUCGUAGGAAAGUCUUUUUUACUUCACCCGUUAGUUCAUUCCAGAAUUAUAUGAUAAAGGUGAAUAUAAUCUCUGUAUUUGUUUUUUCUCCUUUUUUUGCAUUGUUUUUAGAACAGUGUUAUUUAUUAGGACAAUGUAUUAAACAUCUGUUUGUAAAUAAUUACAUUGUGUUUAUUGAGAGAGUUAGUGUAUGAAUGACAAGGUUUUGAUUAUUUCCUUGGACCAGAAGUUAACUGUGUGUUCUUAAUGUAAUCUGAUAAUGAGAGUGUUACAGGUACUGUCAAUUGUGAGUGGUUUUAUAUCAUAAUGGUUGCGAUUCAUUCUUAUGCAAUGAAGGGAGGGAGGGAAUGGGCAAAUGAAUACCUGCCUGUUUGUCUGACAUGACAAGUCUUACAGAAGAAUGUUUUUAAAAAUGAAAAUAACAGAAUAAGGUGAUUUUAAUAGAAGUGAUUGGACAUGAUAUUUUAUCAUUUUGACUUGUAAAAUAGGAUAACAAUUCUAAAUUGUGAGAAAGGAGUCAAUUGCUUUCAAGCAAGAUAAUUUUAAAGGAGAUAAUGUUAAAAAUUUAAUGGAUGUCUUAAGGAUUGUAUUUAGGAGGGAGAAUUGAAUGGACCAUGUGUAAGUUUCCUGAAAUGUUUUUUCAAAUGUGUAUACUUUCAACAUGUGCAAGAUAAUCAUUGUGUAAGCGAUAUGAUAUUCACUUUUAAGAAAGAAAAAAGAAAAGGAAAAAAUAUAUACUUGUAGAUAAUGAUGUUGGGAUGGGAAUAUGUGUUAUAUUACAGGCCUUCCUACAGUAAUACAAGCAUGGAUGAUAGCUUAUCAUAAUUAUAAAAACAAUAUUUUAAAAAGGCUAAAAUCUCGUUACAAUCAGAUGAUUGCUUAACUAUAAAACAUUUGUAUAGCUUUUUUUUCUUCUUCAAUUAGAGAAUUCAGAACAUGUGGGAUUUUUUGAGACAUAGAACGCAAUUUUGAUUACUGAGAAUAUAUGUACAAUAUAUUGAAACCUUACUAGAAAACCUUGUAUGAAUUAGAGUUGCAGUGAUAGCCGGUGAUCAAGUUGGUUUAUAGAGGGUCGUCUUCAGGCAGGUCUUACUCUUAAGCAAUUGUCUCUAAAUCAUUUGUACAUUUUGAAAUUCAAACAUACAAUUAUCGUGUUUACUGUACGUACGUUAGAUCACUACAUAAUUAAUUACCAUGACACAUGAUUGGAAUCGUAGAGUAGAAUGGCAAGUGUAGGUAUAUAGUCAGUGUUAGAACCUAGUCAUAUACGUAUGUCAAGAUGUUGUCAUAUUAAUCUCUUUGUGUCAUUACACGCAUUUCUCAAUUGAAGUUUUUGCAACAAACGAAUGAAGAUCAAGUGUAUAUAACCAUUGUGUAUAUCAAAGCUCAAUGUUAAUUGCACUCUGGUUUUUCAGAGACAAAAAAAAAAUGAUGAUAAUAAAAACUGAUGCGAUAUUUGAUGUUGUAAUCCUCAAAUCUCAGUUAAACAAAUGACAUAGAGUACUCGUUAAAAUUCAAUAGCAACUUGUGUAUUUUUAUCACCAUGUUCUUAAACAUUGUACUGUAGUGUCUUCUUAGGAUGAAAAAUUAUGAAGUAAGGGACGUUCUUUUUUCCUUGUAUAUUCAGCUUGCCAGGUUUAGUGUUUGUCUUUAUUUCGAUCAUAGUCAAUCUUUUAAGCGUUGAUUUGAUCUACUUCUUCUUCCCAUCUUUCUCUGCCGAAGGAUGUCCUUUCGUUUUCUUUUUAGUGCAAAAUUCAUGAUCAUGAUAAUCAGAUACUGAUAGUAGUACGGUACUUUUAUCGCCAUAGCAUCAUAGAUUAUUGAAUAUAAGCCAGUUCAAAGCAGCAUAUUUCAUUUGUUUUCUGUUUGUUUGUUUGUUUGUUUUUCAUUAUUUUCUACUUCUAGUCGUAGGUAGAAAAAGGAAACUCAUUAUGUUUGGCUCAUCAUGAGUCGUGGUGUUUGUUUCUAUGCUGCUGUGCGCUCUUUUCCUUCUUUUUUUUUACAUGCAAUCAAAGAUAGAUAAAAAUUCUUAAGCAGUUUUAAAAAUUAUAUUGUAAGUUGUGUUGUUGCUUUGCUAAGAUUUAAAGACGAUAAGCAGCGUAAUAAGAAAUAUGAUAUGCCCCUAUUCCACCUUGGUUUGUACAUUGUUGUAUUUGUGGAAUCGAUAGGGUGAGUAUAGCUGUUUAUAGUCUUUAAUGAUAACUAUAUAAAAACUUUUUAUCUGUUUACAGCGUAAAGAAUGAAUUCUUUUUAUUUCCAUCGCCUGUUAUUUGUGUCAAAAUGAUACUCGAUUAAAAUAGUUGUCAAUUGUUCAAAAAAAAUA